UUUCCUUCUCUUUCUUUCCACUUCGUCAUCUCCUCUUUCUCCUUCUCCUCUCUCCUUUCCGGUCCCGUCACCACUCACGUCUUCCUCCAUCUUUCUCCCCAUAGAAAUAGAUUCUUUUUAACCGUCAAAAUGGCCGUCACCCUCGACAUGGCCGACGACUUUAACGCCACCCCGGCGCCCACCAAGCCCAACGUCACUCAGACUCAAACACGCAGCCUCCUCCUUGCGCCCCCCUCGAUUGCCGCCCACGAAGAAAAACUCCGAGACCUGUUCACCACCUUCGAUCGCUCCACGACCGACCUGCAGAUGCUGGACCGCCUGUCUGCCGGUUUUGUGCCCCUCCCUGCCGAUACCUACGAUCUGGUGCUGGUUCUUACGGAUACCAACGGUGCCCGGCGCGACGAGGCGCUUCGACUACUCAAUCGCGAUGUCUAUACCGCUCUGGUGCCGGCGAUGAAGGCCGGUGGUAAACUGCAGCUGCAGGAGGGUUCGCUCGGCGCGAAUGAGGGGCUCGAGGCCAUUCUGGCCGGGUUGGUUGAGAAGGACGGGGUGUUUGAGAAACAGGUCUUCCAGUCGGUCGCGGUGCCGUUGAAGUUGGGCAGCGGGAAGAAGAAGCCCAAGAAGGAACCUGCCCCGGCGACGAAUGGGGUGUCGAACGGAUUCUCGAAUGGCGUGCACAGCAAUGGCGUGGGUGCGACGAACGGAACGAACGGGGUUGGGUUCGUCGACGGCGACGAGUUGAUUGACGAGGAUGACUUGCUGUCGGAGGAUGAUAUGAAGCGACCGCUGCAGACUCCAUCCAACUGCGAGCCCGAAAAGGCCAAGAAGCGCCGACGCCCCUGCAAGGACUGCACGUGCGGACUUGCCGAGAAACUGGAUAAGGAGGACCAAGACCGUCAGGAGCAGGCGACCAAGGACCUGAACGUUCUCAAGUUGCAGGCCGACGACCUGAAUGACGAAAUGGACUUCACGGUGCAGGGUAAGACGAGCUCGUGCAACAGCUGCUCGCUGGGCGAUGCCUUCCGAUGCUCAACCUGCCCGUACAUCGGGCUGCCUCCGUUCAAGCCGGGCGAGGAGGUCAAGAUUAUGAACGACACGAUCCAGUUGUGAAUGCGAGAUUAAUGGCUUACGGUUCUUUGCAA